UUGGUCGCGCGCAUUUUGUUAGAGCAGUUAGAUCAAUUUCUUCAUACGAUCUGCAAUAUGGCACUGGACGUGAGCCACACACAGCAUUGCUUUCUCAAGUAUAUGUGCAUGAUCUACUUGAUCGCUUUCGUUUCUUUGUACCUGCAAAUCAGAGGUCUGUAUGGUCCCCGCGGCAUCCUCCCCUCCCACGGGCUGGUCGAGACCUACCCGACGGUGCGCGCGUGUCUCAGCGACCGCCUCACGCUCGUGUGUCUGGCGCCUGCGCUGCAGCUCAGCACUGCGCACGCCAUGGAGCUGGUGGCGCUCAUGGCGGCCUUCACGUCUGCUCUUGGCUUUCUGUGGGGGGCUUUCUGCUCCUCAGCGACGUUCCUGUUCCUCGUCAUCGCCUACUCGUCGCUGCUAAAUCUUGGGCAAACUUUUCUAUAUUUCCAGUGGGACUCCCUGCUGAUGGAGGUGGGUUGGCUGUGCGUCGUAGCCGCCCCACUCACGGGGCCCUCAAAGCCCACCCAUCUGCCCACACAUGUGCUCAGGGACUCCCUGCUGAUGGAGGUGGGUUGGCUGUGCGUCGUAGCCGCCCCACUCACGGGGCCCUCAAAGCCCACCCGUCUGCCCACGCCCCGCACCCACGUCACGUUCUGGCUCCUGCGCUGGCUGCUGUUUCGUCUCAUGUUCGCUUCAGGGAUUGUUAAACUUCAGAGUCAAUGCCCCACGUGGUGGGGACUUACAGCGCUCACGGUUCACUACGAGUCCCAAUGCAUCCCCACGGGUCUGGCGUGGUUCGCUCACCACCUCCCUGUGUGGUUCCACAAGCUCUGUGUCGUCGCCACUUACGUCAUCGAAAUAGCGAUGCCUGUACUGUUUUUCUCGCCCAUCAGAGACCAUAGAAUUAUUGCUUUCUAUUCUCAGGUGUUGCUGCAAGUUAGCAUUAUCUUGACUGGAAAUUACAACUUCUUCAACUUGUUGACGCUGCUGCUUUGCCUCUCGCUGCUGGACGACAAGCAUCUCGGUUACAGACAUGUCCGUGACUUGUCUCUGAGUUUCCUGACGAUGCUGAAGUCGGCGCUGAGCAGACUGGGCUAUUGGCUCAUCUUGCUUCUGCUCAUCUAUUUUACCACGCAUCUUUUUGACCUCAAAGUCAAUCCUGUCAACUGGACCAUCGAGUCAAGAAUUGCGUUCACCAAGACGCAGCUGAACGAGUGGGUGCACAUGGCGGCGACUUUGAUUACGUUCACCAAGACGCAACUGAACGAGUGGGUGCACAUGGCGGUACCUGCAAGCGUUGGCGUUGGUGUCGUGUCGUUCGUCAUCACGGCUGUAGAGGCGCUGGCCGACGCCGUGCUCGUGCCACGAGGACUCCUCAGCAAACUGGCGACGCUCUGCACGACCUUUGGCUACUGCCUCUUGGCUGGCUUACUCUUCGCCAUAUCGUUGGUUCCAUACACUUCGCUGGAUCCGGAGACACAACGUCAGUUGUCGCCCAUCCUGACGCGGGCAUACGCUGCUGGGUCGGACCGCAUGCACCUCACGUCCUCGUACGGCCUCUUCAGGACCAUGACUGGUGUAGGAGGGCGACCUGAGGUGGUCCUGGAGGGCGCAAACGACGUGUCGGGGCCCUGGAAGGAGUACGAGUUUCCUUACAAGCCCGGACGCCUCGAUCGUGUACCUCCUAUUGUUGCUCCCCAUCAACCGCGGCUGGACUGGCAGCUGUGGUUCGCUGCGCUGGGCUCCUACAACAACAACCCGUGGCUGCUGAGCACCGCCUACAGGCUCCUACAGGGCGCUCCUGAGGUCGUCAGGCUACUUGAUCCUGAAUCUGAGUGGCGCAAGACUCCUCCGAAGUUCAUCAGAGCCAAGAAGUACCUCUACUUCUACACCGCGCUGAACGACCCAAGCGGCAACUGGUGGCGCAGGCGAGAAGAAGGAGAAUAUUUCCCGGUGUUCAGUGUAAGCCAUCCUCCGCUGGUGCAAUACCUCAAGCAAGUGGGUGUCCUGGGCAGCAGCCUACCCAAGGCGUGCACAAAUGCCCACCUCUGCCCAGCACUGGACUGGCUCUACCAGCAGCACUGCGACCUGGACCCCGCGCUAGUACUGCACAGCGUCAUAAGCGCACUAGUGAUCAUCGCUUGGACCAGACGAGCCUUUGCUCGUUCAACCUGAU